AUGGCUCAGCAGCUCUCACCGGAAACCCUAGCAAAAAUAAAAGCAUACCGCAUUUCUCCAUCCGCGUUCCCAACUGAAAUUUAUGCGAAUUCCAUGCUUCAAUUUCUUGAAAAUUAUCGUGAUCUCAGCGUACCACCAGCAGACCAUAUCAACCAAGACUUGACCAAUGCUAAGAUGAUUGCAACAAGUAAUUCUAUGCUCCAACAACAAGUCCAACUCAGACACCUGGUUUCGCAACAUCAUUUGCGUCUUAAUGGUGGUAUGGUUGAACAACCGGAUAGGAAGAAAAGAAAGAAUGCAGAUGACUUAAUUGGUUCAUCGAGUGCGCCUGUUUCACGACCUUGCAUCUGUGGUGGCAAAUCUGGCCUCCCUAUUAAUACCGGAAAUGUUACUUCCCAAAUUGCUAGGAACUAUGGCCUCCCUAGUAUGGGAUCAACCAAUACUACAAACAAAUGUUUGAAUGACCUGCAUGGUCCAGAUGGUCAACUUCCUGAGAAGUUGAGGAAUGUAACACCUUACUACAUUGAACAAGUCAGUAAUGAGAUUAUGGAUAAAAAUCCCGAUGUCCAUUGGAAUGACAUUGCUGGAUUGACCCAUGCCAAAAAAUGUGUCAAUGAGAUGGCCGUAUUACCUCUGCGACGUCCUGACUUAUUUAUGGGUUGCCGUUCUCCUGGGAGAGGUCUGCUCCUAUUUGGUCCACCAGGAACUGGUAAAACAAUGAUCGGAAAAGCCAUAGCUGGGGAGGCAAAAGCAACCUUCUUUUACAUAUCUGCAAGCUCGUUGACUAGCAAGUGUUUUGGUGAAGGUGAAAAGCUAGUAACAGCCCUAUUUGGAGUGGCCAGUUGUCGUCAGCCAGCAGUUAUAUUUGUUGAUGAAAUAGAUUCACUCGUCUCAGGUAUGCUAAUAAAUGAGUAUGAAGUAACUGGACGUAUAAAGACACAAUUUCUUAUUGAAAUGGAAGGCUUUGCCGGUGGUAACGAGCAAGUCCUGGUUAUUGGUGCAACAAAUCGUCCCCAAGAUCUUGAUGAAGUAGCACAAAGGAGACUUACUAAACGACUAUACAUUCCUCUACCAUCCUCAGACGCAAGAGCUUGGAUUGCACGUAAUCUUUUAGAGAAGGAUGGAUUAUUCAAGCUAUCAAAUGAGGAAAUGGAGAUUAUACGUGACUUAACGGAUGGUUAUUCAGGAUUAGAUAUGACAAACUUAGUGAAGGAUGCUUCUAUGGGUCCACUGAGAGAGGCAAUGGAACAAGGUAUAGAUAUUAUGGAGUUGAAAAAGGAGGAUAUGAGGCCAGUAACUCUUCAGGACUUCAUGAAUUCCAUGCAAGAGAUAAGGCCUUCUGUUUCACCUAAUGAACUUGGCACUUUUGAGCAAUGGAACAAGCAAUUUAGAGGAUGUCCUCUCAUUGUAUGGAGACAAAGCAUCACACAUUCUAUAGUCAUCUUGAUGGGAAUGGUCUUCAUUUUUUGUUGA